AUGGGAUGGGCUAGCGACAAUGACGACAAUGCCGUAGAUGAUGUUGGAGAAGAGUUUGCUCCGGCGUGGGAUCAAGGAAGACCUGCCGAGUUUGACGGUGGCAGCGGUGGUUUGGACCAUGAAGACUUCGGGCAGAGCAGCAGAUCUGACUCGUCAGCAGAUGAACAAGGCAUGGUCUCCCCACAUCUGCAAGACCCGCGGCAUCUUCGGGAAGCAGCCUUUCUACCUGAUUACGACAGGGUAGAGGACGACGACACCGAUACAGAUGUCAAAUCCGAUAGCGACAGCAGUAGCGGCGGCGAUGGCCAAGGCGCUCUUCAAAGCCCGUCGCUGUCCACAUGCCGUGGUCGCGAGGAAUCACAGUCCUUCUCCCGUGCUGUCCGCCGUCGCACAAGGCUUAGCCUUGACCGAGAGAGGAGGCGUCUCGAUCGCGUGCCUCGAAGCCAGCGGCUGAGCCAGGUACGAGGGCACCCGCUCGGGGGCAUGACGCUCCUUCAGCUCGAGGAAAGACAUCUGCUGGACGUCGGAAUCGGACAGAUGACGAGGCAACUCGCUAGGCGGCGGGGUCGUGGUGGCGGUGAUGGGGGCGGGGGCGUGCGGCAAUCGAACGAGGACCUCCUCCGUCGAUCAGCGCGUCUCAUCCGGCGCGCGCAGGAAGAGCGUGACUCUCGAUUGAUGAUCGGGAACGCGGCGGCCUAUCACCCCAGCAGUAGGUACCUUGGCGGUGAUACCCGGUUCUCGAAUGCUUUUCGGGAUGAACCCUGGGACGGUGACGUGGGGGGCAGGUCCCAAUCAGCAGGAGGGAGAAAAGGAGGGGGAAGCACCAAACGGAGAAGCCGACGGCCCGCUUCGGCGUCGCGAGAUCGCGGCAGUCGUCGUUUGAUGUCUUCCUCCUUCUCCCUCGAGCCGACCGGUGGGGGCUCAAGGGACAGGGCAUAUUCCACCUCGGACUACAACAGACAAGCAUGGGGACGUACGCUCGAGGCCGAAGCUCCUCCGAUGGGGCUUUACUCGGGCGGGGGCACUAGGUGUAGCCUCAAACAGCGACGACCUUUGUCGGCCAAGCCAGCGCUCACUUCCGGAUGGGAGCCAGGGAGAGCGAGGACGCGGGGCCGUGGCGGUAACGGCGACAGGUGGGAUCACUUUGAUGAAGAUGAUCGCAGAGCCGUGCACUCUCGUGGGGAAAGAGGAACGGUGAGGGCAGAAGCGGGGGUUCGUAGCAAUGAAGACGGGGGGCUGGACUACUCGGACAUGUCGGACCUUAGUCCGCACGGGAUUGUGGAGUACACCGAUGAAGAGGAAGGACCUUUCAACGUGGACGAGCUGGAGCGCGUGGCCGCCUCAUACCUGCUACGGCCUCGAGCGUCUGUGUGCCUCUCUUCAGCCGCGGUAGAUGACGACGAGCGUUUCGCGGACGACGGUAGCGUUUACAUCUACAGAGAAAACGAACGCCCGCCUUUAGGGAACGAGCAACUUGGGGAAGAACAGGAGGACGAAUACGACGAGCGCGGCGGUGGCGGCGUCGACGGGAGCUACAAUCGAGGGAACUUCUUCGAUGCACCAAGCGUACAGAGUUGUGAAAGAGCGCUUCCGAGGGGAGAGACUGAACGCUGGCAGGAAGAGCGCCACAGAACGCGAAAAGUUGGUGGCAGCAGCAGCGACGGGGGUGGACCGGAAGGCUACCUCUACCGCGGGGGGCUCUUACAGCAAUCCGAAGCCGGGCGUGGUGAACGCGGUUCCCGAAGAGGCGGGGCAGGCCAUACUUCUGCUGGAGCCAACCAAAAGGACCACAACAGGCCAGGAAGCCCAAGUCGUCACUCAUGGUCGCCGCGGCAGCAGCAGCAGCAAAAACAACAACAACAACAACAACACCGACACCAGCCGCGGCGUGUUGCGGAAUCAUGUAGUGGUCCUGGCCAUGCAACAAGAAAUGAAGCUGGAUCUGGUGGCCUUGGCGACAAGCACAACGAAAUGAGAGGUGGGAGAACGAACGACCCCUCAAGCGCACCACACGAUGGGCCAAGGAGCCAGAGCGAUCACAACCGGUGUAACGUCGCGUCGUUGGACGGUCGCGACGCAAGUCCGGAUCGCAAGUCGUCCCGUAGGUGCGUUCCUGCAGAAAAUUUCGUCGUCCCGGUGCCUGGCGCCAGCUACAGCCCAAAGAUAGACAGAGGGCUACGAGGAUGGCGAGACCGUGACAAGAGUAAUAGUACGCGAGGACCGGGGGAAGAACAUGUCGAUGGCGCUUGGAAACCCAACGACAAGGUCAGAGAAAUCGUUGCUCGCCUCCGAAGCAUGAUACUGGAAAGGCAGACUUCCGCGAAUCGGUCCAUCCGGGAGGUGUUCGGACACUUCGACCGACGGCGCUGUGGAUAUGUCAACGUUGCCGAGAUGAGAGAUGCGCUGGCCGACCUUCGAAUCAAGCUUUCUGCAAGGGAGGCAACGGAUCUUCACUCGAUGAUGGCCCUGGACGGAGGGGACCGCCUGAGCUACGCCGAGUUCGUCGUGUUCGUCACAGACCCGCACCACUCCGAGCUCCAGGGGAAGGUUUGCGAGCAGGCGGCCGAGCAGCUCGAGGGGGUCGGCCGCAGAUCGUUCAACCUGGACGCGGCCUUCCGUUCCGUACCAGCACCGCUGAACGCCGCGUUUACCGGCGAUUCUUCGUCUGAAGGCGGCGGGGAUCCCUGGCCCGAGACUGCGAUGGUAGCUUCAGCGCCUUCACACCAACACAUGCAGCAAGGCAAAGGGCACCUUGCCACGGGCGGGAUGUCGGCUCUUCGGCAAGGGGGAUUAGGAGUGUCGGCGAAAGCGGCGGCGGUAGACCGGCACAGCUGCAGCGAGAGCGGUCUUGGCGAUGUCGGGGCCGAAGGGGAGAAGCAGGGCGUUUCCGCCGAAGAGUUCUUGGCGGGGCUAAGGGGUCUCGGGUUGCGCCUGUCUGUGUCCGACGCUCACCGAUUGAUCGUCAGAUUCGACGUUCACGGGGACGGACACCUUUCGACACGCCGCUUCAUCUCGAUGGUGGAGAGCUCACGCCCAUGGACUCGAGCGCUGACGCGGUUGGCCCACCAGGAGGAGGCGGACGAAGAGGCCGACGCCUGUCUACGCGCGUACAGAGUACACGGGGAGUGGCCAUCCGCGGUGGAGCAGAGUCAGGGACAAGGCGUGGCUCUCACUCUUGACGCGGAUAUUGUGGAGAUGGCCCGGUACAUUGGGAUCCGCGUGAGCAGCGACUCUUCGUUGCUCUGGAUUGCGGCUGACGCCCUAGCUGCGCCGCUCCCCAACGGUUGGGCGAUGCACAAGAGCAAGGAAGGGAGGUGGUUCUACCACAACGACCUUACAGGUCAAUCGCGAUGGGACCAUCCCCUCGACCCACACUUCCGUCAACUCUACCUGCGAGAAAGGUUCGGGCCCGGAAACUCUCCGGAAGACAAGCAGGUCGUCCUCGCCCACGGGCCCUCGGCAGAAGCAUCUCAACAGGGUACUGGUGUGUUUGCGGGGGAAGGUAACCCGCACAGGCAGGGCGGUGCCGGUGCGGUUGGCGCUCAUGGUGGACCAGCAGCAGGCCACCCGAACGCCACCCCCAUCGUAGUCAGCGAUCGGCCACCGGUCAUGCUGCCCCCACGUCGAAUGCGCCCGAACGUGCUGGACUUCACUGCGGACAAGGCUCUCGACAACCUGCGCGCUCGCAGGCUGAACGUCGGCGGUAGCAGUGGUUCGACGCUCGCUGGGGUAACAGCUGUGGCGACAGCGCCCGCGGCGGUGAUGAGGUCGGCAAGCGGCCCCGACAUCAACGCCAACCCUGCCGUCGUUGACGUUAACCCUAGCCGCCACUUCCACAGUAGCGGGGAGCUUUGGACGGACGGUAGAGUCCACGUGAGCAACGUGCCGCCCGCCAGCCCGGCGGGACCACGGCGACGCCGGCCCGUAUCAGCUUCUGCGGUGUGUGAGGGACUCGUGGAUAGGGAGUUGGGGCUGAAUGUGGCGGCCACAGACGUCCCGUGUCCAAGUGGCAGCAGGCUGGAUGAAGGCAGAGGCGGUGGGACCACUAGAACCACGGUGCACGACCGGCCACGGAUUCUCGACCCACGGCAGAAUCAGCGCCCAAGUAGUAGCGGUGCAAGCGAGCUAGCGCCGACGGCGAAAGCAAGCAGGCCGCGCUCGGCGACAGCCGCCCUCCAGAGACCUCCACCAGUGGCACCCGAUCACCAUCAUCAUUAUCAUCAUCAUCAACGGCCCGACUACGGCGGCAAUGUCUCUGGCCGGGGAGGAGAGUACAACAACGACGAGCACAACCAGCGGGAGGUAUACAUGGCAAACAGAAACCGCGACCAGUCUCGGCUGUUCUCGGCGGUGUCGACUCCAAUUUCGGCAAACGAGACGAACGGUGGCCGUGAAGAGGGGCAGCACUUUUCACAAGAGGACGGCAGCGUGCGUGUUCGGCGGCUGCUGCCCCAAGGAAAUCGUGGGGGCGUCGCGAAGUGGUCGGCAGUAGAAGGAGAAACGGCCGAGAUGCAGCGGCAUGCGCUCGAAGAGGGAGAGCGAUCGUGGCUGCGUAGUAGGCUGGUCGAGCUCUGCACAAAACUGGACGAGGCGGAGGCGCUCGCCAAAGGAGAGCAGCAGUACCAGCAGCAGCAACACCACUCCUAUGCAUACCACCAAAGCCAACAGCAGCGUCAGCAUUUCGGUGCUGGGGAUCCCACGGCAAACCAGCCGCGAGUUGAGAGUGCCGGAUGGGGAAGCGAACGAGGCGAAGGAGGAGGAGAAGGAGGGAGGGGAAAUGGCCGUCUUAACGAGCCGUCUCGACAACCAAACACCUUCGAGGAUACUGGCAGCGGCAACGUGACAUCCGAGAACGAUCGUGGCAGAGUCUCUGGCUCAAGGAGGGAUAACGAGGUGCUGACAAACGGAGAGAACAGCGGCCAUGUACGACACUCUUCCAGCGGCGGCAACGUCGACAGUAACAACAAGGCCAACGGCAACACCAGUGGCAGCAAUAGUAGUCGCCUCCGCGAAGAAAUAUUGGAGCUGAGCCACCGCAUGGAGUCCCUCGAGACGCGGAUGCUGGGACGACGCGGCCGCUCCUCCUCGCCAACCGGACAAAACGCCGGCGGGAACGAUAUCGACAACGGCGGAGACCAAGAAGAACAUUACCGCGGUCAUCAUGAUCUCGGCCCUGAGCGACGUGCGCCAACAGCAUCAUUACAGGCCACCGGAACAACAGCAACAACAAAUGCAUCCGCGCAGCAGCGAUUCCUUCAGCACGGGGCGGCUGAUCACGGUGGCAAACAUACCACCUUGAGACACGGCUCCCAGGACGACCUGGACUACCGCUCGCCCGAGAGGAACAAAAGAGCGAAUGACUUGUCCAAGAAGUCUUGGUCGCCCCCAGGGGGGAGCAGCACCGGAGCCGGUGUGAGGCCCCCAGCACGCGCAGGUAGCAGCAGUAGUACCAGCAGCAGCGCCGAACCGUCCCUUGCGUUCGUGGCCAGAGACUUGACCUCACCCCACCUUCAUCGAUGGGAAGGCGGGAACAGCGCCGCUGGUUCAAGGGCGGCGACGGGAAGAGACAGGGGAGAGGGGAGACGGGAGCAGCAAAAACCGGCGGGUUAA